GCCUCACCAAGUCAUGUCCCUCUUCCCACAGGGAUCUCGAAAGUCAUGGACCGACAAUCAAGCCAAUCCGUCUUAUGCGGGGUUCGAUAACCGGGCACUCCGACACUCCUUGACUCCUUCCAGACUCCGCCGUCUCGUUUGUCCCGUCUCGACCGUCCAUCGUCAGUGACGAAUUAUGGGCAUCGACUCGGACUAGUCAGUACCAAAUGUCCAUCAUGACAGGCGUCAAGAGGCCCCUCGAGGCCGUGCUCGGUACUGAUCACCAGACACUCGACCACCGACACUACGACCGACACUACGACCCGCACGACGCACGCGACAAGCAGCAACCAAAGGGCAUGUCCAAGAUGCCACUUCACCCGACUAUGGCUGCGGACGAGGCGAUCGACAUGACGACAAGGACACCGUCCCCCACGUUUCCUCCUCUGAGCGGCGAAAUACCCGACUUCAACGCAGAUGCGUCUCUCGUUCUCGUAGGGAUCCGUGGCGCUGGUAAAUCCACUUUGGCCAUCAUGGCAUCAUCAGCCCUGAAGCGCAGAGUCAUCGACCUCGAAAAUGUGUUCCAGCGAACGCGGGGCGCAUCCAGUGCGGUCUACAAGAAGCUUCACGGGUCCACGGAGUGCCACCGUCAGCAGGCCAAGGUCUUGCAAAAUGUUCUCGAGCGCAACAAGACUGGGUGCGUGAUUGUCUGCUCAUGGAUGGAGAGCCGAGUGCAGGCACUAUUCCGCGAGUUUGCGGCCACACAUCCUGUUGUCCACGUCGUACGGGACGGAGAUGCAAUCCAGGAGCAUUUGCGCAUCCAGGACCGCGAGAAGAUGGAUAAUCUGCUCAAGGUUAGCCGCGCAAUAUUCGGGACCUGUACCAACUUCGAGUUUUACAACGUCACCGAAAGGCAACCAGAUGUCCUUGACUCUUUGUCUUCGGACACCCUCUUCGAUCCGGUCCCCGCACCCUAUCUCACUCUUAAGCAUGCUGAAAGGCAUCUGCUCAGAUUCUUGAGUCUCAUCUACCCACAGGGUGCGCUGCCUUUCAUGGACUCGGCGUUUCCGUUGGCCGGCGUGCCUUUUGAAGAACUCCAAUUCACAUACGCUGUGGCGCUGCCUCUCUCCAGGACGCUCGAAACCGGAUUCCAGAUCGAGGACCAUGUCGAAGGCGCCGACGUUGUGCAGAUUGUUGUUGAUGACUUGUGCGCCAAAGCUGAUUCUUUCGGGUCCGAUGACUUCUUGAGCCUUGCCAAUGCGAUUACAUGCGGAAUCGGGUUGACUCGGCGGAGCACGGUCGUGCCUUUGGCCAUCGACGUCAAGCUGCCAGAGACUCCUACCGAAGAGAUCUCUCAGUUCUAUCUCCAGCUUGUCCUCCACACAAUGCGGCUUGCACCCGAACUUGUGACCAUCAACUUGAUGCUGAAGGAUGCAGAUAUCGCCCAUCUCAUCGCCAGCAAGGGACGAGCGAGAACGAUUGGCGACUGCUUGGUCACGCGCGACCCGCAGCCGUGGACGUCCUCCACGUGGACCACACUCUAUCAGAAAGCAAGUCGCUUAGGUUGCGAUAUGGUGAGGCUACGACGGCCCGCUGGGACCUUUGACGACAACAUCGCGGUCGGUCAUUUCAGAGGAUCAGUGCAAUCCUUACAAUGCCGGCAAAUACCCCUGAUCGCGUACAACACAGGCGAAGCAGGGAGACACUCGGUCAUUUUGAACCCCAUUCUAUCGACGGUAGCAAUGAGAGCAGAAGAAGAGUUUUCGCCUUCUUCCUCCUUGCUUCUCACAAGUUACGCCGCGGUUCAAGCCCUUGCGGCCGCCUACGCCUACGACAGGAUGAGAAUGUAUGUCUUUGGUGUCAAAGUCGGCUACAGCAUGUCACCGACGAUGCACAACUCCGCUUUCAACGCCUGUGGACUCCCACACCACUACACGCCGCACUCUACAGAGUCGCUGAGUGCGAUCAAACACUUGAUCGAGGACCCCUACUUUGGCGGUGCAUCCAUUGGCCUACCGUUCAAGGUCGAGGUCAUCACUCUUAUCCACUCGCUGAGUCGACAUGCGCGUGCUAUCGGUGCGGUCAACACCCUCAUCCCGGUUCGCCAUCUUAAUCCCGAUGGCUCGCUGCCACAGGGUGCAGAAUUUUUCAAGGCGAUGGGGAGAGCUGGCCCAGUGAAAGCCUUGUAUGGGGAGAAUACGGAUUGGAUUGGCAUCCGAGCCUGCAUCCGCAAAGGACUAUCCCCAGCCAAUGCUGUCAGACCAGGUGCGUGCGGUGUCAUUGUGGGCGCUGGCGGUAUGGCACGAGCAGCCGUCUACGCCAUGCUUCAAGUCGGGGUACAGAACAUCCUUAUUUACAACAGGACGCUCUCGCGCGCAGAGAAGCUUGCGUCCCACUUCAAGCAGCUGUUGCAGAACCCGGACUUUCAUUCCCUCGGCGCUGGGUCCGACACACGUUUCCACGUUAUUGAGGAUCUGCAUGAUCCUCUCCCCUCAUCCUACCACUUACCUACCAUCAUCAUCUCGUGCAUCCCCACGCAUCGCAUCGGCGAAGCGCCCUCGCCGGAUUUCACCGUCCCGGACGGGUGGCUGGAGAGUCGCACUGGAGGCGUGAUCAUCGAGCUGGGGUACAAGACUCUCAACACACCACUGCUGGCUCAGGCGAGACGCCAGGCAUCCAGGGGCUGGGUCGCAAUGACAGGCCUGGACCUUCUUCCGGAGCAGGGCUUUGCGCAGUUUGAAUUAUUUACGGGCAGACGUGCACCGCAAAAGGUCAUGAGGAGGCAUCUAUUGAAUGCGUACCGGGACGAGCAUGAGCGAUCGAAUCAGGAGCUGCAGUCGCGGAUGCCUUCCGAAGUCAGGGAGGUGACUUGAAUGCUAGCUCGAUCGCAUACGAAUUGACGCUUGCCUAAAAAGGCUGGUCAAGCCUUGCCGCUCACUUCCGAGCGCCUCGACACUGCAUACAGCUGCCAUCCCCUUUUGUCACGGGGCAGAGAGACGGUUGUAGGCCGGGUCUUAGGGGUUAUAAGCCAUUCACACUGUACAGCCUGUGUGGAUAUUCACUUUUGGCCCAGUGGUAUAUUGGCUACCCCUUGGUCCGCAACACCUUUAGGGUUGAUGUGAUUAGAUGCUGAGAAGAUCGAUGACGAUCGCGCGCUCACGUGGCGGAUUAGUGGCUACGACUAUCAGGUCAAGGCCCCUGCGUUACGCUUCGCAUCUGUCCUUCGAGAGCCCCAUAGGCCAGUCAGUCGGGCUAUGCUGUACGUCUCGCGUCGUGUGACUUGCAAGCAGCACAGCAAGUCGAAGGUCAACAAGGAGUGUUUCACCAGCGGAGGACUUGGGCUCACUGUCCUAGAUAUACAGU